UUUCACUAUAUAAAACUCCAAUUUUCUCUUCUUUGCAAUUCAAUCAAAAACCAACACCAUCAUCAAUGGCGUUCAAGCAAAACCUAAUUCACCGGAUGUUUAACAUCUGCAACAACAAAUUUUCCAACCAGACGUUACGGAAUUGCCGUAUUUCUCCAUCCUCUGCCGCCGCCGCUCAUGUUUUAAUGCCACCCAAUCCCGACAAGGUGGCACCGGAUCCAGGAGACGAGACGGUCUUCCGGAGGUUUCUCCAACGCCGGCCGAUGUACCUUGCGUCAUCCGUCAUGCCGGAGAUCCUCCGAUCGAGAGGUGAGAGCAUGUUGGAGAGGCUAAAGGAGAUGGACAUUACCAGAGGCCGGAUCCGUCUCGAUGUACUCCGUCCUCCGGUGGAGAGAUCUUCCGAGGGGGAGUUGUCGGUGGCGCAAGCUAAGAAAAUCCUUAGGGUUUCGCAAAUCGAAACGUUGAAAUCGAAGUUGAGAAACUGUCAUAAAAAUCACGUGUCGUAUGAAGAAUUCGUCGAAAUCUGUGUGGAAGGUUGUUCGAACAUAGAUCAAGGUUUAGAUCUAGCGAAAGCCCUGGACGAUUCGGGUUCCGUGAUCGUAUUAGGAGACGUUGUCUUCCUCAAGCCUGAACAGGUGGUGAAAGCCAUCCAUGGCCUGCUGCCCACAAAUUUGGCAGCCAUGCACAACCUACCGGUGAAAGAAUUGGAAGAGAUGGAGCGGUGGAAGUCAGCCAUUGACAGGAAGGCGAAGAAAAUGGUUCAAAGAGAACUAUGGGGUGGUCUGGCAUACCUAGUGGUCCAGACGGCAGCAUUCAUGAGACUCACAUUUUGGGAGCUCUCAUGGGAUGUAAUGGAGCCCAUUUGUUUUUAUGUUACAUCGAUUUAUUUCAUGGGUGGAUACGCGUUUUUCUUGAGGACGGCAAAAGAGCCCUCUUUCGAAGGCUUCUUUGAGAGCAGGUUUCGUACGAAACAGAAGAAGUUGAUGAAGUGUGAAGGGUUUGAUGUGGAGAAAUACAAGGAGUGGAGGAAAGCUUGUUACCCCAAUGAAGAGCCAUGGCCAAGUGAAAAUGAUGACGGGACUAAAAAGUCAUUUACUUGAACAUAAAUUGAAAAGUUAGAAGAAAUAGAAAAAUAUAUUAUCCUACAAAUCUUUGCCUUUUAGAUUCAGGCACCAGCGGCGUUAUGUAAACUUAACUUGGAGAGUCCAGUCUUGGUUUUGUUUUUGCUUUUAAUGAGGAUCACAAAGAAUUCAAAAAACACGAAGCUGUAAAGAUUGAUUUGAGAGUUUUCAAAUAUUUCAAUUUAUGAAAUGGGUAUUGCUAUA